CGCCAUAAUCUUUUCGCCUCUUUCAAAAUGUGGGUGAGUACUAGUAUGACGAGGCUGCUGAUGAAUCAAAGUCGAACAUGGUGAAUGUCAUCAUAAUAAUAAACACCUCGAUUCAUCCCAUAAACCCACCGCCGCGAACUCCGCAUCCGCCAGCCCUAAACCCAUCCGGAUGAACCCGAUAGUUUCUUUUUCUCUCCAUCUCCUCCGACCCCGCUGAUCAAUCUCUUCCUUAUAUCGGCCUCCUCACCCCUCUCACAGUCCACCCUGCUCACUCUACUCAAGGCUCAACCAUGCUCCCACCCAUCCCCCGCCUCGAAGACUACGGUCUCUCGCCCGACCGAGGUUUCCUCCCUGCAGAGAACCCUAUACAAUGUCUCCCGCAUCCAGUCUACGACCGCUGGGAGCGGAUCAUGAACAACUUCCAGUCACUCCUCCUCUCAAAGAGACUGCGCGUGGUCAUCGACCGCCUACCCAUCCUCCCCGCAGUCCACCUAGAAACAGAGGCAGAGUGGCGAAGAGCAUACUCGGUCCUCACGUUCAUGGCCCACGGCUACAUCUGGGGAGGCGACAAACCGGCAGAAAGACUACCACCACCAAUCACCUACCCACUCCUUCAAGUCUGCGAACACCUCGACCUCCCUCCAGUCGCUACCUACGCCGGUGUAUGUCUAUGGAACUUUAAACCCAUCUUCCUCUCCGAAUCGCUGGUCCUCGACAACCUCUCCACACUCACCACCUUUACCGGUUCGCUGGACGAACAAUGGUUCUAUUUGGUCAGUGUGGCGAUGGAGGCAAAAGGUGGACCAUGUAUACCGAUUAUGCUCAAAGCAAUACAAGCCGCAAGAGAUGAUGACGCCGCGAUAGUCACCAAAGCUUUACAAUCCUUUGCCCAGACGCUGGACGAGCUGGGCACGUUAUUGAUCAGAAUGUACGAAAACUGCGACCCACACGUUUUCUAUCAUCGCAUUCGACCUUUCCUGGCCGGCAGCAAAAACAUGAAAGACGCAGGUUUACCUCAAGGUGUGUUUUACGACGAUGGCAGCAGUCGAUCGACGUGGCGACAAUACGGAGGUGGCUCGAAUGCGCAAAGCAGUAUGAUACAAUUUUUCGACACCGUUCUAGGAGUCGAGCACCGACCGACAGGAUCCAAAAAGGACGAAACAUCCGAAUCAGAAACAGAAGGAGCCCCCAAACCGCGACAUAACUUCAUUCAUGAAAUGAGACAGUACAUGCCCGGACCGCACCGACGGUUUUUGCAAGCUGUUGAGGGAGUCGCAAACAUCAGAGAGUAUGUGGAGCUCAACAAGUCGAAUCGAGAAUUAUGCGUUGCAUAUGAUGCGUGUUUGGCAAUGCUCCGAGCUCUACGGGAUAAACAUAUACAGAUGGUGUCAAGGUACAUCAUCGUCAAAAGUCGAGAAUCUAGAAGUCUGAGCAGACAUCGUCGAGAGAGCAGUUCGGAUUACGCACCCAGAGACAAAGGAAUUGCGUCUAUCCGCUACCAACCUGAAGCGCCGAAGAAGAAAAUGCGCGGCACUGGUGGAACGGCACUCAUUCCAUUCUUGAAGCAAGCAAGAGACGAAACUGGUGAACCUGCCAUUGAUGACUGGGCUCGGAAACUUCUUAUGGGUGGUCGUCGGACGGCCGCUGAUGCUGAGAUUGCACUCGAGAGUAGAAUUACAGCUCUUGAGCUGGAUGCCGAAGAACCACAGAUUGUUGGUCUGGCUGGAGCAUGGAAUAUGGAAGAUUCUGGAGGUGGUCUUUGCGCCGUUUAGUUUGAUUUAGCGAUGCAUUUUCAGGACGGUUCAACAGAGCCCGGGAGGUUUCUUCAACUCAUUGCAUAGCUGAAAUGGUGGGAAAAGUCUGUCAUGCAUGAACUGGGCGAUAUUGAUUGGGGCGCAUUCAGUUCGAAGUCUGCAUGCCAUAGACAGCUGGGGACUUGUGGAUUGUCGAAUAGUCGACGACAGCUCGCCGCUUAUAUGUACAAAAGCUCUCCGUGAUCAAACAAUUUCUCAUUCUUGUUUCCAGAUCGUUCUGCCAUAAUUGGAUGCUCAGAUCGAUGCGCACGCCGGAUGCCUUUGGAGUC